AUGUUCUUCUUAUUACGAUACAGUCGAGCACUAGAAGAAGGAUCGUUUCGUAACCGAACAGCAGAUUACGUGUGGAUGCUGCUUCUAGGCGCUAUAUCCAUCGUCAUAAUAACCCCAUUCACAACUCCACGCGCAUCAAUCCCCUUCCUCUCAUCCCCACUCACAUUCUUCCUCGUAUACGUCUGGUCUCGUCGCAACCCGGCCGUAAACAUGUCCUUUCUCGGCCUAUUCACAUUCACCGCUCCAUACCUCCCAUGGGUGCUCCUAGCAUUCACUGUGCUGCUACACAAUGUGUGGCCGUCGGGUGAUUUAAUUGGGAUGGCGGUUGGCCACGCAUAUUAUUUUCUCGAGGAUGUGUUUCCGAGGAUGGAGGGACAUUUGGAUCAUAGGCCAUUGGCUACACCGUGGAUAUUGAAGAGGGUGUUUGGAGAUUUGAUGAGAGAUCGGGCGGAUCCGACUUUGCCGGAAGCGAAUGGUGGGGUUGGUGUUGUGGGUUUGCCUGCUGUUGAUGGUGGUGCUGGGAAUGAUGAACCAGAACAACAGUAA